UACACCGAGCAGCGAGAUGAUACCAAACACUACAGACAGGAAGUUCCAGGUCAAAGGUCAGUUUGGAGAAGGAGGAGAGAGAGGAGAUGUUAGAGCUGGCAGAGGAGGGUGCCAGGAGGUCACGGUCUAUUUCUGCAAGGAGGAGUGGGAGUAUUUAGAAGGACACAAGGAUCUCUACAAGGACGUCAUGAUGGAGAAUCAGCCGCCCCUCACAUCACCGGAUGUAUCCAGUAAUGGGAACCCACCAGAGAGAUGUCCCCAUCCUUUGUAUUCCCGGGACCCCACACAAGAAGAUCACACCAUCCCCCAGCAUGAUCAGGGUGAAAAACUAAAAGGCAUUAAGGUUGAGGUUAAAGAGGAAGAAGAAGAGAGGUUGGUGAGUGGAGAUCAGCAGUCUAUGGAGGAGGGUUGUCCUCUGAAUUCCCAGAAUUCUACAUGGGAAGGUCACCAAUAUACAGAGAAAGAUCAGAAUGAAGAACUGAAAGACAUCAAAGCUGAGAUUAAAGAGGAAGAAGAAGAGACGUUGGUGAGUGGAGAUCAGCAGUCUAUGGAGGAGAGAGGUCCUCUGCAUUCCCAGAAUUCCAGCCAGGAACAUCCGAACUAUACAGAAAAUAAUCAGAAUGAAGAACGGAAAGAUAUCAAAGUUGAGCAUAAAGAGGAAGAAGAAGAGAGGUUGGUGAGUGGAGAUCAGAAGUCUAUGGAGGAGGGGGAGAUGAUUAUGAAAAGAGAACCGGAGGAAUCUUCUCUACAUAAGGACACAACAGAUGGACGGUGUUUCUGGAAUAUAAAUCCAUCGGAGGGACAUCUUAUUAUAUCUCCAGAUUGUAAGGCAGAAGAUACUGGCAUUCCACAAUAUUCUCCCAAAGUCACCUCUGAUUGGUUGGUUAGAUCAUCAGAUCCUUACAAUCCUCAGGAACCUUCUGAUAAAUCCCAUACUAUGACAUCAGAUGUCCUUCCAAGUUCUCACAGUGCUGACAGAUCACCAGAUCCAUCCAAUCCCCAGACAUCUUCUUCAAGCCAUAAGAGGGUUCACACAGGAGAGCGUUCAUUGUCAUGUUCAGAGUGCGGGAAAUGUUUCAAACGCAAAAAAGAUCUUAUUGUACACCAGAGAAGUCACACUGGUGAGCGUCCUUUCCUUUGUUCAGAGUGCGGAAAAUUUUUCACUACAAACAAAGACCUUCGCAGGCACCAGAAAAUUCACAUGGGUGAGCGUCCCUUUUCAUGUCCAGAUUGCAAGAAAAGUUUCAUUCGGAAAUCUGUCCUGGUUUCUCAUCAAAGAAUUCAUACGGGUGAGCGUCCUUUCUCUUGUUCAGAGUGCGGGAAAUGUUUUGUUAACAAAGGAAACCUUAUUGUACACCAGAGAACUCACACAGGUGAGCGUAAUUUUUCUUGCUCAGAUUGCGGGAAAAGACUCCUUACAGAACAAGCACUUUUUAUACAUCAGAGAAUACACACGGGUGAACGUCCUUAUUCAUGUUCAGAGUGCGAGAAAAGUUUCAUUGAAAGAAAACACCUUCGUAGACAUCUGAGAAUUCACACGGGUGAGCGUCCUUUUUCAUGUUCAGAGUGUGGGAAAAGUUUCACUCGGAAACAACAACUUAUUGCACACCAGAAAAUUCACACAGGUGAGCGUCCUUUCCCUUGCUCAGAGUGCGGGAAAUGUUUCCUUCAAAAAGUAAACCUUACUGAACACCUGAGAAUUCACACCGGUGAACAUCCUUUCCCUUGUUCAGAGUGCGGUAAAGGUUUCGCUAAAAAACACGGUCUUAUUAGACACCAGAGAACUCACACAGGUGAGCGUCCUUAUUCAUGCUCAGAGUGCGGGAAAUCUUUUUCUCAGAAAGGACCUCUUGUUGAACAUCAGAGAAUUCACACAGGUGAGCGUCCUUAUUCGUGUUCAGAGUGCGGGAAAUCCUUCAUUCAUAGAGGAUACCUUGCUAAACAUCAGAGAAUUCACACAGGUGGGCGUCCCUAUUCAUGUUCAGAGUGCGGGAAAUCUUUCACUAUGGAAAGAAGCCUUGUGCAACACCAGAUAAUUCACACGGGAGAAACUCCUUAUUCAUGUUCAGAGUGCGGGAAAUCUUUCAAACUUAAGGGAAGCCUUCUGAAACACCAGAGAAGACACCACACAGAGCGGUCUCAUUGCAUUCAGAGUUCGGGAAAUGGAUUACAUAAAAAAUAUAUCGGGGACAUCAGAGAGAACCCACUUGCUGAUUCCUUUGACAAAUCUAUGAUGGCUUUUCCAGGUGGAACUGUUGAGUCCAUAGAACAUCUGGAGGAUAAUGCCCCAUACACACGAAAGGCUAGUCUGAUGGGUGAAAAACGAAAAGGCAUCAAAGUUGAGGUUAAAGAGGAAGAAGAAGAGAGGUUGGUGACCAGACAUCAGCAGUCUAUGGAGGAGGGUUGUCCUCUGGAUUCCCACAAUUCUACAUGGGAAGAUCACCACUAUACAGAGAAUGAUCAGAAUGAAGAACUGAAAGACAUCAAAGUUGAGAUUAAAGAGGAAGAAGAAGAGAGGUUGGUGAGUGGAGAUCAGCAGUCUAUGGAGGAGGGGGAGAUGAUUAUGAAAAGAGAACCGGAGGAAUCUUCUCUACAUAAGGACACAACAGAUGGACGGUGUUUCUGGAAUAUAAAUCCAUCGGAGGGACAUCUUAUUAUAUCUCCAGAUUGUAAGGCAGAAGAUACCGACAUUCCACAAUAUUCUCCCAAAGUCACCUCUGAUUGGUUGGUUAGAUCAUCAGAUCCUUCCAAUCCUGAGGAACCUUCUGAUAAAUCCCAUAUUAUGACAUCAGAGGUCCUUCCAAGUUCUCACAGUGCUGACAGAUCACCAGAUCCAUCCAAUCCCCAGACAUCUUCUUCAAGCCAUAAGAAGGUUCACACAGGAGAGCGUUCAUUGUCAUGUUCAGAGUGCGGGAAAUCUUUCACUAAAAACACAAACCUUCGUAGGCACCAGAAAAUUCACACUGGUGAGCGUCCCUUUCCAUGUUCAGAGUGCGGGAAAUGUUUCACUACAAACAAAAUCCUCCUUGUGCACCAGAGAAUUCACACUGGUGAGCGUCCCUAUGCAUGUCCAGAGUGCGGGAAAUCUUUCACUACAAACAAAAUCCUUCUUGUGCACCAGAGAAUUCACACUGGUGAGCGUCCCUAUCCAUGUCCAGAGUGCAGGAAAUCUUUCACUACAAACAAAAACCUUCUUGCGCACCAGAGAAUUCACAUGGGUGAGCGUCCUCAUCCAUGUUCAGAGUGCGGGAAAAGUUUCUUUACAAACAAAAUCCUUCUUGUGCACCAGAGAACUCACACUGGUGAGCGUCCCUAUUCAUGUUCAGAGUGUGGGAAAUGUUUCUUUCAGAAAGAUCAACUUAUUGUACACCAGAGACUUCACACAGGUGAGCGUCCGUUUUCAUGUCCAGAGUGCGAGAAAAGUUUUGUUCAGAGAUCAACCCUGGUUUUCCAUCGAAGAAUUCAUACGGGUGAGCGUCCAUUCUCUUGUUCAGAGUGCGGGAAAAGUUUUGUUCGGAAAUCAGCCCUGGUUUCCCAUCUAAGAAUUCAUACGGGUGAGCGUCCAUUCUCUUGUUCAGAGUGCGGGAAAUGUUUCCUUAACAAAGUAAGCCUUACUGAACACCUGAAAAUGCACACCGGUGAACGUCCUUUCCCUUGUUUGGAGUGCGGUAAAUGUUUCUUUACAAAAGCAUAUCUUAUUGUACACCAGAGAACUCACACUGGCGAGCGUCCUUAUUCAUGCUCAGAGUGUGGGAAAUCUUUUGCUCACAAAACAUAUCUUGUUGAACAUCAGAGAAUUCAUUCUGGUGAGCAUCCCUUUCCAUGUUCAGAGUGCGGGAAAUGUUUCACUAGAAACAACGUCCUUCUUUGGCACCAGAGAAUUCACACAGGUGAGCGUCCCUAUCCAUGUUCAGAGUGCGGGAAAUGUUUCAUUAAGAAACAACAUCUUAUUGUACACCAGAGAAUUCACACAGGUGAGCGUCCUUUUCCAUGUCCAGAGUGCGAGAAAAGUUUUGCUCUGAAAUCAGCCCUGGUUUCUCAUCAAAUAACCCAUAUGGGUGAGAGUCCUUUCUCUUGUUCAGAGUGCGGGAAAAGUUUCCUAAAUAAAGGAGCACUUUUUAAACAUCAGAAAAUACACACUGGUGAACGUCCUUAUUUAUGUUCAGAGUGUGGGAAAAGUUUCAUUGAAAGAAAUGACCUUCGUAGACAUCUGAAAAUUCACACCGGUGAACGUCCUUUCCCUUGUUCGGAGUGCGGUAAAGGUUUCUUGACAAAACAAAGACUUAUUGUACACCAGAGAACUCACACUGGCGAGCGCCCUUAUUCAUGCUCAGAGUGCGGGAAAUCUUUUGCUCAGGAAGGAGCUCUUGUUGAACAUCAGAGAAUUCACACAGGCGAGCGUCCCUAUUCAUGUUCAGAUUGCGGGAAAUCUUUUGCUCGGGAAGGAACUUUUGUUGAACAUCAGAAAAUUCACACUGGCGAGCGUCCUUUCCCUUGUUCGGAGUGCGGUAAAGGUUUCUUGACAAAACCAAGACUUAUUGUACACCAGAGAACUCACACUGGCGAGCGCCCUUAUUCAUGUUCAGAGUGCGGGAAAUCUUUUGCUUGGGUAGGAGCUCUUGUUAAACAUCAGAGAAUUCACACAGGUGAGCGUCCCUUUCCAUGUUCAGAUUGCGGGAAAAGUUUCACUAUGAAAGGAAACCUUCUUAAGCACCAGAGAUUUCACACGGGAGAAAGUCCUUAUUCAUGUUCAGAGUGCGGGAAAUCUUUCAAACAUAAGGGAAGCCUUCUGAGACACCAGAGAAGACACACCGCAGAGCGGUCUCAUUGCAUUCAGAGUUCGGGAAAUGGAUUACAUAGAAAAUAAGGCGGAGACAUCAGAGAGAACCCACUUGCUGAUUGAUUGACAAAUGUACGAUGGCUUUUCCAGGUGGAACUGUUGAGUCCAUGGAACAGCUGGAGGAU